AUGAUGCUGCGGAGGAUACCGGCGGCCGGUUUUCUGUUAGCUGUGGUGGCCUGCAAGGGAGCCCGGGCCAGCCCUUCCAACGGUGCACCUUCGAACCCUUUCAGUGACCCGACCUCGCCUCUUGCUGCUUUCGGCGACAGCAGGAGCAGCAGCAGCAGUUUCGGCAGUGUGUUCCAGGCAGGAGGCCCCUUGAGCUCGCCGACCAAUGGGCAGAUAAGCUUCCGAACCAAGACCAGGAACGGUGUACGAGGUCUCCUGCCGAAGCCGCCGAGGCUACGGCUGUGGGAGAAGGCGGGGGAUGACGAGGGACUGGACACCGCCAAGCGGUUCCUUCACAUCACCGCGGAGGCCCUGGUGCUGGAGGUGGAAGGCGAGGAUGAGUGCCUGUCGAUUGCUCGCGGGCCUGAGUCCCUUGGGGGCGCGCGCGUAAGGGUAGUGGCGCGGAAGGACGCCGGGAUCGAAGAAGCACCGGCGGCAGCGGCAGCGGGCGGGGAUUCUCGUCCUUCGACGGGAACAACGGCGACGAGGAUACCGGUGGAUGGUCUCUUCGGCGUGUACGACCUCCUCAGCGGACCCUUCGUCGCGGUCAUCAGCAGGUCAAGCCUCAGGUAUGCAAACGGCGACCUCGGCGUGGAGUUCCGCCAGGUGUCCAAGGUGCAGCUCGUCCCGGUCCUAGCCGCGCCCAGGGCUCUGGAUGACGGGCAGGCGAGAGAGGAGGCUAGGCUCCUGGCGCUCCUCGCCCUGGCGUUUCGCUCGCACCAGUUCUACUUCUCCCACGUGCACGACGUGACCCAGACCCUGCAGACGCUCCGUGUCUCCUCCUCCUCCUCCUCCUCCUCAACACGGGCGACCCCGCCGCCAUCAGCGAAGCGGUCGUCCGCGGCCUCCGUUUCCGGGGGGGCUCUGUCGAGCGGCAGCGGCGCGCGGAAAGUAAAGUCGAAACGACAACCAGUUACGGCGUCGAAGGACCCGCAGAAGAAGAGGACCGGCGCCGGCCGCACCGCCACGGCGGGGACGCGCGCCGACGAUGACGGGCGGCGGCGAAACGGGGGGGCGGAGCGGGGGCAAGGGUCAUCCGCCACCCCGCCCACGGCAGUAGCGCCGCCCCCAGACGAACGAUUCUUUUGGAACUUGGGGGUCUUGGAGCCGCUGCUCGAGCUCCGGGAAGAGUUGGAAGGGCGGCGGAAUGGCGGCGGCGACGGGGGUGUUGCGGCGGUGGCGGCCGUGGACCGGUGGCUGACGCCGGUGAUGAGUGGGUUCCUGCAGGUGGAGCGGGGCUGCCGGGCCGGGGAGCGGACCUUCGACGUGAUGUUCGUCUCGAGGCGGAGCCGGCUGAGGCAGGGCACCAGGUACACGCGCCGCGGCAUCGACGACGGGGGGAACGUGGCCAACUUCGUGGAGACCGAGCAGUCGCUGCUGCACGAGGACCGCAGCGUCACCUCCCACGUCCAGAUCAGGGGCUCGAUCCCCGUGUUCUGGAGCUCUCCGACGAACCUAAGGUACCACCCUAAGGUCCGAAUAGACCCGAACCAGGAGGCUUCUCUGCGGGCGCUCAGGCGGCACUCGGAGGACCUGAUCCGUCUCUACGGCAAGAACGGCGGAGGCGUUGUCUUCAUCAACCUUGUCGACAAGAAGAAGGAACAGGGCGCUCUCGGAGAGGCUUUCGGGGCGGCUCUCAAGGCGGUAGAGGACGGAGACGGCGGUGCCGAACCCGUCCCCGACGAAGAUAACGCCUCCUCUGAUUCGGGGUCCCCGGCGGCGGGCGGCAGCGGGGACGGGGUGGGGGGGGCAGGGGCGGCGUCUGCGGCUGCCCCGAAGCUGGCGGGGUCGCUGCGGCACGUGUGGUUUGACUUUCACCACGAGUGCCGGAAUAUGCACUGGGAGAACCUCGACAAGCUCCUGGGCAUCGUGGACCGCGAGUUCGGAGAGCAGGGGUUCUACCACGCCGGUCCAGGGGGCGAGAUCCUCGGCCUCCAGGAUGGGGUGGUGCGGACGAACUGCAUGGACUGCCUCGACCGGACGAACGUCGUGCAGAGCCUGCUCGCACGCAGGAGCAUGCUGGUGGGUUGGAUUGUGCUGGGCUACAAGGUCCAGCUGAGCGCGGUCGGAGUGGAUAUCCCGGAGCCGGAGGGGGGGGACAGCACGGCCUUGGCCCUUACCCUAGACAUGCUGGAGAUGCCGGCGGAAGAGCUGGAGAGGCGUUUUCGAGACGUUUGGGGUAACAACGCCGACGAGAUCAGCAUGCUCUACGCAGGCACGCCGGCUCUGAAAGGCGACUUCACCCGGACGGGACAGCGCACGAAAAUGGGACUGCUCCAAGACGGGACGAACUCGGCCAUCCGCUACGUCGUCAACAAUUUCCAGGACCACCGGCGGCAAGAGGCAGUCGAUCUCCUCCUCGGGUUCCACCGCCCCGUCGUCGACCAGGACGGCAACAUCCUGGGCGAGUUCAUCCAAGAUCCCCUCGACCUCGACCUCUGGGCGACACGUCUCCCGCAGCCGCAGCAGGACGACGUUAAGAAGGGGCAGUCGGCGGCGUUGGCGGCAGCUACGGAGAAGCGAGGAGGAGGAGGAGGAGGAGGAGGAGGAGGAGGGGGCACACAAAUGGGACACGGGCCCUCUUUUUGUACCACCGUUCCCUCGACUGUUGGAACACCCUCGAAGGGCGGGUAUUGGGCAACUGCAGCGGCCGCAGCACGAGGAGGGGGAGGAGGAGGAGGAGGAACGUCCGUGUCGCCGCUGUUGUCGUUACCCAGAGGUGCCUUUAGCGUUGGGUGCGACAAAGCCGCAGGGGUACUCGCUCGAGCUGAAGCGGUUAACCUCGGCGUCAAUGACAACGACAACAGUGACAUCACCAGCGGGAGAAGUAGGAAUCCCACCAAGGAGGAGGAAACGGUAAUUCUUGCGGCGAGGUUGACGAGGGAUAGAAAAACACAACGCAGUAGUGGAUCCACCUCGCACCUGGGUCGAAAAAGGAAGAUAGGCGAUGCUGAGGUUGCGACGGGGGUAUGGUCGAGUAUCGCUGGGCGUGCGGAAGGCGCUGGAGAUGGGCGAGACGGGGGCUUCGGGACGACUGCUGCUGUCUCGGCCAGAAGAAAAGGUCACCGUGGUUCGGGGGAUGGCUGA